CGGUUGUAACUCGAAAUAUUCAAUAAUCUGGGAAGCAGUUUCUGCUGGACAUAUCUCAGCGAAACGAGGCGAGACUCCGGAGUGCUGUUUUCUACAACAGGGGGUGUCUCUCUCAGCAGGAUCCGGUGACAGCUUGACUGACAAGCAGCCAUGAGCUUCUUUGGUUUUGGUCAAAGUGCGGACAUCGAUAUAGUUCUGAAUGACGCCGAAACGAGAAAGAAAGCUGAGCAUAAAAGCGAAGACGGCAGGAAGGACAAAUAUUUUCUCUUCUACGACGGGGAAACGGUAUCGGGGAAAGUCAACGUUACGCUCAAGUACCCGGGAAAGAGGCUGGAGCACAACGGCAUCAAGAUUGAGUUUAUCGGCCAGAUAGAGCUGUACUAUGACAGAGGAAACCACCAUGAGUUUGUGUCCCUUGUGAAAGACCUGGCACGGCCAGGGGAGCUCACACAGUCACAGACAUUUGACUUUGAGUUCACACACGUGGAGAAACCCUACGAGUCUUACACUGGUCAGAAUGUCAAAUUACGCUACUUCCUGAGGGCAACUGUAAGCCGGAGACUGAAUGACAUCAGCAAAGAGCUGGACAUUGUGGUGCACACGCUCAGCACCUACCCUGAGCUCAACUCCUCCAUCAAGAUGGAAGUGGGGAUCGAGGACUGUCUGCACAUAGAGUUUGAGUACAACAAGUCCAAGUAUCACCUCAAAGAUGUGAUUGUAGGGAAGAUUUACUUUCUGCUGGUGAGGAUCAAGAUAAAACAUAUGGAGAUUGACAUCAUUAAGCGAGAGACGACCGGCACAGGGCCUAACGUCUACCACGAGAACGACACCAUAGCAAAAUAUGAAAUCAUGGAUGGUGCACCAGUCAGAGGAGAGUCCAUUCCCAUCAGGCUGUUCUUAGCAGGUUAUGAGAUGACGCCCACCAUGAGGGAUAUUAACAAGAAGUUCUCGGUGCGGUACUACCUCAACCUGGUCCUCAUUGAUGAGGAGGAAAGACGCUAUUUCAAACAGCAGGAGAUCACUCUGUGGAGGAAAGGUGACAUAGUGAGGAAAAGUAUGUCUCACCAAGCGGUCAUCGCCUCCCAGCGCUUCGAAGGCUCUGCCCAUCCAGAAAGGACACAGACCCAGAGCAAUGAAGAAGAUGACAGUUAAAGCCCAGCACACACUUCAACCCCCAUGUAGUGAGUGUGUGAGCAAACACAGUGCAGAAAAUGUCAGCAAAUUCUGAAUGUGAACAUUUGUUAGCAUCGAGAUCAUGUGCUGCAGUGUUUUUCAGGGCGUGUGCGUGUGUGUGUGUGUGUGUGUGUGUGUGUGUGUGUGUGUGUGUGCGCGCGCGCAACAGAGACUUUGAAUUAUGAAAGUAUGUGUGUGUGAAGGGAACAAAAGUCAGACUCAGACUCUAGUUGCAAGUAAUUCUGUUCUCUUUUAACCACCUUGAAGUACCAGCUGGGUGGAGUUUACCACAUUAAGACUUAUUAGAGAGUGUCAGCUAAUUUCUGUGUCACAAAGAAACUGCAUAAAAUUGACUUUAAGUGCUUGAUUAAAUUAUGUUGGCAUUUAUUAGACAGUUCAGUGUGGCAACAUCACCCAUUAGGUGCACUUAAAUAUCAUUUAUAAAUACUGUUCGACUAAUAUCUUGAAUUUACGUGUGUGUAUGAAUGUACAAUAUGAGAGCCACCACAGGUGUAUUUCUAACAACCUUUUGUUCAAACUAUUUACAUGGCUGGAAGAUUGCACUGUGCACAUACUAUAGUCAUACAGUAGGUUUUUUUAAAAUGUGGGUAAACAGUGGAUCUUACAGUACAUUUCUGUAUGUCUCCUCAAAGAAAUGUGUCAUGUGACAUGAAAUUAUUGAAGAUGAUUUCGCUGCCGGGCCCUCUGCUGAGAAACAGCCCCUCCCUUUGGUUUUAAUUCAUAAAAUUACUUUUUUUGCCUCUUCUUCAUUUAAAAAAAAUGAGUAAUGACUCUAAAAAAACAGAAUUAUAAGACUUAAAAAUCCAUUUACAUAUUUGUAUAAAAUAUUUUCAUACAUUCCAAGGCUCUCAUCAGAAAUAGGUGUGACUAGAGUAUUUAUUUUUGAACAAAAUUCCAUUUUGAACCAGCAUUUUACAUGUUUGAUGCAUUGGUUGGUUGCUUGUGGCUCGGUGUCAGGUGUGGCCACUGCUGCUAAAACAAAUGUGGCACUUGUGAGCGCUGUGGGAUUUUCCUUCCAUCAUAUAUGUAACAGUCUCUGAUAUUUUGAAGCCCUGCUCUCUUAUUUGCACUAUGAUCUCAUUCUGCUUUUUUCUGCUCUCAGUGCUGUUUAUAAACUGGAUUCAUGUCAGGGUUCAGGAGUAGAGUGAAAAUCAGACUCCACUGUCCCCAGGGAUCACUUCAAAUCCAAUAUGGACAGUAUUAUACCUGUGUUUGGUGACAAAGUUGACAUAAACCUUGUUCAGACUGCAGCCCAAAUCCUUUUUUUUGCAAAUCUGAUCAGAAUCCGAUCUUAAUGACUGACCGUUCGCAUUACAUAUUGCAAGUGAUCAGAUCCGAUCUACAUGUGGCCAUAUUGAUGUAGUCUUAUCCACCUUGAUUUCCAUGGUAACAGGUUACUCCUAGGAAAAACAAACGAUAGCAACAGCAAACUGUGCACAUUUCUGUUCCAAAUGGUUAGGUGGGCCUGCGGCGCAAACUAGUGAAGCGAUUAGUCUAGUCAUCAAUAAGUGAAAUCAAAACUCCAGUCCAGCUCUCUUUUUUCCAUCAUAGCAUUACCAUUCCCAGACGUAUCCAGUCUUUCUUCCUCAUCUUCCUGACCGUUGCUUUCCUGAAUGUUGCGGUCCUCCUCUGCCGUGCUGUCCAGAAAAAAUUUAGGAUCCACACUGGGCUUGUCAUGAAGAAUUUCGUCAAGAUACUCGUGUCCUGAUAUAUGGCUUUAUUUCUGUAUGUACCUUCUAAUUUUUCUGAACUGACGAAUCUCCCCAGAUAGCUAUCAGGCACUUUAUCUCCUCGUCUGUCCACGGUUUGUUGUUUUCCUCCAUGCUUUAAACCCGUGGCUUGACUCUUCCACUUGUAACUCCACAGGCGUCGCUAGGCAACGAGUGUUUCUCCAGAUCUACGUUGUUGUUGUUGUUGUUGUUGUUGUUGUUUGUGUCGCACUGCGAGUGACGCAGAAGACACUUGGAAAUCCUAUUUUAGCGACCGAGACGUUCAGCUUGAAACGGAUCUGUAAAAAUCCAGUCGGAAUCGCAUUUGAAACUACCUCCGUAUGUGGUUUGAAUCAGAUUUGGAAAGAUCGGAUCUUACAUGUUUUUUGGCUGUCCAGACUGUCAGAAAAUCAAGCUAGAUACAAUCUGGAUAUGCUAAAAAACCGAUUUGGAGUGGUAAUCUGAACAAGGCCAUAGAUGCUUAUGAGUCCUGCCUCUUGACAGGCUGCCGGGACUGACUGGCCUGUGUGGUUAGUUAGCUUUGUGCCUCAAGGAUUAUUGCCAAAAUGUUUCGGUGAAAUACUCGAGUACAGUUUCCACAGUGUACUGCUGCGCACUUUCUUUCCAUUUAGACUGUGCUCAUCACUUCAUCCACUACAGUCACUUUUCAUGAAAUAAAAAGUGACUUUAGUGUCAAUAUGGUUUAUAUUGAAAACUAUGAAUGUAUAAGAACUGUUAUUCUCUCAUAUUGAGCAUUUAAAUUAAAAUUCAGAACUGAAGAGUCCCAAACUCAGUAUAUUUUCUAAAUAACCAUCAUCAUCUUUUUUGGUUGCCUCCAGUCAAGGGGAGUAGAUGAUUGAGUUUCUGUGCCAUUACUCCUUUUUAUUCUGAUACUUUUUCUAAAAUAUAUCUUAAAAAGCACACAUUAGUGAGUUUAAAGUGUGAAGCACUGAAACUGAACCCCAGCCUGUCGUCCUUCAAUUAUUCUGGCCUGCAGCUUUUUGCUUGACAAGCUUACGCCGUGCAACUUCACAAAAUCUAUCGCUGUGUAUCAUAUAAUUUUUUUUAGAUAUUUUUAUAUUUCAUACUUGCAGUAAGGUCCAUUUUAGUAUGCAUUUUUGCUAAAGCAACAUGUCCACUGUCACCAGACUUCUGUUCAGGUAACUGCUAAAAUAUAGAAUCUGCCAAUCUAACAUGUUGAUAUGAGCCAACAAGACAAGUUUAUUGGAUUUAUGUAGCCUGACUCAAGGUGUGACAGAGUUUUCAUUCCUUAGAGAUUCUUACUUUGCAUGUUAUUGAUUAUACCAGAAAUCACUGUAAGUCACUCCGCAGUUUCUUCUACACCUAAUUGGCAUUAAGGGCUUGUACCAAAAUUAUCUGUAUGGAGAGGGGGGAUGAACCUCAAAAGUCCAGUGUGUGCAGGAUUUAGAGGCAUCUAUUGGCAGAAAUUAUACAUAAUAUUCAUAACUAUGUUGUUGUAAGUGUAUAGUCUCCUAAAAAUAAGAAUCAUUGUGUUCGCUACCAUAGAGUGAGCUGUUAAUACCUACAGAUGGAGGGGGUCCUCUUCAUGGAUGUAUUAAGAGACCAGGACACAGCAUUGGAAGCCAGACUCUGUUCAUUCCUAUGAAAGUUGCUCAGUGGCACAUGAAGCCACAAUUGUUUAACUGUUGCAUAUAAGUACCUAGAUGAUCUGCACUGCUUCCACAUUAUUGGGUCCAUCGAGCAGGUGUACUCGAGACUUCCAUCAGCUGAGCCAGCUGCUUCCCCUUUAUUGCUGCCCAAACUUGAAUUGGGAUAAAAAUUAUUUAAUUUUGCGGCUCUUUUAGACUUUCAAAAUGUUAUCAGAAUGAAUGGAUCAAAUCCUGAUAGUAAAACGCAAGUUUGGAUUAUACAACAUGUGUUUCUUUUUUGUUACUCUUUCAUGUGGCUGUGAUUUGAAUUGUUGCCAGUGCUGGUACACACACAUACAGUAGCUAAACUAACCCAGUUUGUUAUAGAGAGUAAAGCUGAGAUUGAAAUAGGGAAGAAUUGUGAAAUGUACAGUGUAAAUGCACAAUGUAAAUGCAGUCCUCCUCUUUUGUUUAUUUUCAUGUCAUCUUUUAUCUCCCUGUCUAUAAAUGGUGAUUUGAAUCAUUUUAUAUUCCUGUUUUAUUUUGAAUUAAAAGGGAGUCACUGAAAAAUGAA